AACCCCCCUCUCAGCUCUCUGCUCCUUAUUUUUCCCCUUCUACAAGGAAUCAGGAAAAAUCGGAGCUUUUGCCUAAAACAAAGGAGAAAUUCCUUGUGAAGUAUCUCGAUUCGAUCGGAAAACGUUAGACUCUUUCUGAUCGAUUCGAUCUCUGUCCUUUUCGGGGGAAAGUGGUAGGACUUUUCAUAGACUCCCAUAAGCUAUGGUGGAAGCGGAGCGCGCGCCGACUCCGUGGUUGGCUUCUGACAUGGCUUCGGCGGUGGACUCUGACGGCCGUCAUUGUUCUGCCGGUGAUUCGACUUCUGAGAUGAUAGGCGGGGCAAGGUUUGAUACUUUUCCGCCUCAGAUACAUUCACGGCCUCAGUUCGAGAAGAAUACGUCGGACGACAAAUUAGGGUUAACGGAGCGAGUUUUCUCCGCCGCAGGAGCUGCGUUUUUGUCGGCCGUCAUUGUGAAUCCGCUCGAUGUUGCAAAGACAAGGUUGCAAACUCAAGCUGCCGGAGUUUCUUACUGUCACCCGCUAAGUAACGCCAUUGGACGUAUGGCGUCGUUCGGACCAAACAUGAUGUUUAAAGAUUUAAGAUGUUCGCCCUCGUGUUCACGCGCUGGUGUUCAUGGCACCGUCUCCAUUUGCCCUCCCGACUGUUUCCAGUACAAAGGAACACUAGAUGUCUUCAACAAGAUCAUACAACAAGAGGGACUGGGAAGACUUUGGAGAGGGACUAAUGCUGGUCUCGCUCUCGCUGUGCCUAUGGUUGGGAUUUAUCUUCCAUUCUAUGAUAUAUUUCGAAACCGGUUAGAAGUGUUAGCUGAACGGCAUGCACCUGCUUCCACGCCGUAUGUCCCUCUUGUUUCUGGAGCAUUGGCACGAUCACUAGCUUGUACGACGUGCUAUCCUAUUGAACUUGCAAGGACGCGUAUGCAGGCGUUUAAAGAAGCAAAAGCCAAUGUGAAGCCUCCAGGAGUUUUUAAAACUCUAGUCGGUAUUGUGUCUGAAGGGAAGACCGCAAAUAACCUUGAAAAUAGUUUACACAGAUACCGUGUUCUCUGGAGAGGGUUAGGUGCACAACUUGCUCGUGAUGUUCCAUUCUCAGCGAUUUGCUGGGCAACCCUUGAGCCCAUAAGAAGGAAGCUUCUUGGACUUUUGGGUGAAGACAAAGCUCUCGGUAUUCUUGGCGCAAAUUUCUCCGCCAGUUUUGUAGCCGGAAGUAUUGCUGCAGCUGCCACUUGUCCGCUUGAUGUUGCAAAAACAAGAAGACAGAUAGAGAAGGAUCCUGCUAGGGCAAUGAGAAUGACAACCCGACAGACACUAAUCGAUGUUUGGAGGGAUGGAGGGAUGAGAGGGCUAUUCACGGGGAUCGGCCCACGAGUGGCGCGUGUAGGGCCGUCGGUAGGGAUCGUGGUUUCCUUCUACGAGGUGGUGAAGUACGUUCUAAAUCGGCAAUAAAACAUCUUCAGGACAUGACAACACGAGUUAGAAAGAGUUUCAGAAGGAGACAGCAACCGAAUCUUUACAUCAUAAACUACUAAUCACGCGACUCUGUCGAGAGAGGAAAAAAAAACCCUUUUAACUCGAGAGUCCCAGAGAAACUCUUUCUAUGUGGAUUAAACAGAAAAAGAAAAGAUUUUUUUUUAGGACACAGGUAGAUGAACUGUCUGCUCGGUUUAUUAUGAGCAGGAAUUUUUGUUUUGGUUUUUUGUGGGAUUGUUUGGGAUUUUUUUGCUGAGGUUGUCUCGUCUCAGUUCUCAAUCAAAUCGUAAUCAUUUUUUUUCUGGAAUGGGUAAGGGAAUUUGUUGGGUUUUAUUAAUACGAAUUAUGCAAUUGGUAGAUUUCUUGUGCU